AUGUCGGACCAACCAUGCAUACAAUUUGUGGUCCUGUUCACUGCGCAAAAGCUAAAGAAAAGCAAAACAUGGCAAGAUGGGUUUCUCAAAUUCUAUGACUUUAACAAGAAGAUGAUUUUGAUUGACGAGAAAGGAUACAACAUUGACAGAAAAUUUCAGAAAGGCAAACGACCACCUCAAGUAGGUGACGAAAUUGAGUUUGACGGACACCUUGUUACUGUUGAAAACGUCGCAGAGGGUGCCUUUCAACCUGAGCCAGAAAUUGCGACUGUACCGAAUCCGCAAAUAGUCCAAUUGGAGAGUAAGCGACAACAAGCGCAAAAGUCUGCGUCCUUUAAACUGAGAGCAAAAUGGAAGCCGCCAACUAUAACCAACGUGCUUGAUGGCGAUGUGCAAAACAACGGUACCGAACUUCAGAAAACUUUUGCAACAGAAAUACCGGAUCAUGUUCCUGAGAAAAAAGGCGCUGUGGUUAAGAUUGAACGAGUAGUAGAGGAACCGUUAGUUGCUCAUAAUGAAAAAUACAUGGAAAAGCUAUCACCGAAUAAGUCAAUGGAAAAGAAGAAGAAUAUAAAAGAUGAAAGGCAACCUGCAUUCAGCAUGCAGCUACAUUCGGCAACGAAAGGAGCCUGCCUGAACGAAACAACUAACGCUGAUAUCGGCUCUGAAGCUGAUGUUCAGCGUGUAGCGCAAAAAUCGACUUAUGGGCCAAAGACGAAUACCCUUUCUGUUGAUAAACCCUUGCCUGCAAUCAUAGACGCGAGUGGGAAUGCUAACAAUAAGCUAGUGAAGCCUCUAUAUCCUGUGCCACCACCAAAAAUUGAUGAACCGGUUCUGGAUAACCUUGAUUAUCAAGAUAACAUUGCUAUCGUAGAGGAAGAACUCAGUGAACUUCAAGUUGAAGAACCAAGUAAUAAGCGAGACAUACAGUUUACACCAUCCAAUGUAUCUGAGGACAGAGAUGUGGAUACGCUUAUGGACGAGAUGUUGCCCAUAGCAACUGAUGAACAGCGACCGCACCACCUUUUAAUUUCACGUUCUGAAGCUAUCGAUGGGCAGCAAGGCAACGAACGUAGCAAUCAGCAUGAAUUCACCGCUGAAGAACAACAAAACGUUGCUAGUUACCCAGUCAGCUAUAAAAGCAAUAUGCCAACUAACAUGGAAGACAAGGAAAUCAAUGCAGGCCAGAAACGCCCAGUGAUAGAUAACACAUCUGAGGAGCUGCCAUCCGCAAAGAGACGCAUUAUGGUUGGCUUAUCCAAAACAAAGAGGCAACCUCUUGCAACCAAAUCGUCAACGACUACAGUUGUAGCAGAAAAUGCAUUUUCAAAAAGUUCAUUCGUUAAAGCAUCCGAGAUUCGAGACGUACCUGUGCCAAAUCAAAUUGAUCCAAAGCACACUGUUAAUAAACCGCAAAACUCAAAUCCAACCAAGAUGUACCCUCCAAAAUCCAACCCUCCGAAAGGCCAAAAGGCAACCGCAUUGAUACCCAUGGUCAGUUCGACCUCGAAAGGAUUCUCUAUACCUAGCGUCAUAAACUUUCCUAAUGCUAGUAAAGCGGCUCAAGCUCUACAAUCCAAGAAAGGCACUUCUCGGCGAUUGACCGUUCCUGCGAGAUUUAGUUCAAUAUCACAGUAUGUCGAUACUUUUACCAAGUUAAUUCAAGAACAUUUGCAGGUGCUUCUUCAGACCUACGCAAGUUACUUUCAUGCGCAAGCCAAGGAUUGGACGCAAGUACAAAAUCCAGAGCCACUAGCACGAUCUCGUGGACUUGGCCUUCACAUGAAUGCAAACCUGGCUAGGAGCGAUCGAUACAUUUCUGGCGACUUGGAUUAUUGCUUAUCAAUUCGCAAUCCACAGCAUCGUUCGAAAUAUGGGAAAGAUGACAUUUGGGUUGUGUCAAAGUCUCUUCAGUUUGAUCCAAGUUCAACAUUUCUGGCCAAAAGUACCUUUUUUGGCCCAGUCGGUGGAAGCCAACUUGAAAUCCAAUGCCUAACCCCAAGAGAUGGGCGAAUAGCUGGAGGAAUGUGCAAAGGCUUGAAUUCUCUCGUCGCCCUGCGGACCGUGUCAGCAAGCAACGAAUUCAUGAUGCUCGCCGCUCUUUUGUCAAACAUCGACGAAGCUCCUCUCCUUCCUGCCAUCUUAAGCUAUGACAAUGGCAGUCGGCCAAAGCGCAAGCAGCUCCAUGAUAUCCCGAAGGUGUCGAAGGACGAUGGGAAAAUCGUCAUAUAUAAAAGUGAUGGUAUUGAUUUCAAUAGCCGGGUCAAUGAAACUAUAAAAAGAUUUACUCUUAAUGAAGAUCAGGCAAGGGUACUACUUGCUACUUCUGAAUGCAUAAUCGAGCAUCCUCAAUCCACGCCAAAACAAUCAGUAUCGCCGAUAGUGCUGGUGCACGGCGUUUUUGGAUCAGGCAAAAGUUAUCUUGCCGCAGUAUUGAUCAUUUUCAUACAAGAACUUGUUGAUGAUAUUAACUGCGGAAGAGAACCCGAGGAUCGGAUAACCUUCAAUAUUCUUGUCACCUCCAUCACGAAUGUUGCAGUCGACAGAAUACUACUGAGUCUGCUGGAUUUAGGAUACGAUGACUUUGUGCGUGUUGGAAGCUUAAGGAAGAUUGCCAAGCCAAUAUUGCCUCACACGAUUCAAAGCAGAGUAGGAAAAGAUGGCGAUAUCAAGGAGUUAGAAGCUAUGCUUAAAGACGAUGCCAUGUCCGCAAAUGAUAUGGCCUCCGUAGAAACAGCACUACAAAAGUUUCAAAAAGCAGAGAGCCAAGCGCAGAUGAGUGAUGCCAGGGUCAUCGGAACUACAUGCGUAGCAUCCGUCUUUGAGAUAUUCAAUGAUUUGACUGUUCCACUCAUCUUAUUGGAUGAAGCAUCACAAAUUAUGGAACCAAUGGCCAUGGUCUCGAUCACCAAGUUUUUUGCUGAUCGACUUAUAUUGAUUGGAGACCCACUACAGCUACCACCAACCCUUGUCACCCCAUGUGAACCUGAUAUUGUUGGUCAGGGCAUCGAGAAAACCCUCUUCGACCGAUGCGCCGAGAUGGGCAUACCACCUAUAAUGCUGCGAACGCAAUACAGAUGCCAUCCAAAGAUCUCGAGACUAAGCAACAACCUCUUCUAUGAGCGUCGACUGAUUGAUGGUAUGCAUGAGACUGAUCGACCACCGCUGUUUGCUGAAUUGCCACAUGUCUGCUUUGUGAACACAAAUGGAACGGAGAUGAAACGGCCGGGAACGCAGUCGUAUCACAACGACAUGGAGGCUCGAGUAGCAACACAAGUCGUUCAAGCUUUGGUUCGCUUGGGGAUAUCUCCUAUUGACAUUGGAGUCAUUUCUUUGUAUAAGGAACAGGCAGAUAAAAUAGAGAGCCAUUUGAAGAGCAUGUCUCAGUCGGUAUUCGGUUCAGUGCAGGUGUCCACAGUUGAUGCUUUCCAGGGUGCGGAGAAGCAAGUCAUUAUCCUUUGUACUGUGAGAACGAACCCAAGUAACUUCAUCGACAACCCACAGAGAAUUAAUGUUGCGCUAUCUCGCGCAAAAAGCCAUUUGAUUAUUCUUGGCAAGCAGGAUGUGCUUUCUAUGAAUCAAUUAUGGUCUUGCAUCCUCAAACUUACAAAAGAUGCCUGUCUAGAGAGUGCUCAGCUACUCAAUCUGCUGGCUCAGAUAUCUGCAUCUCGCAGAGCGGCAAACGUGGAUUAG